ACUCUUGUCUUUCAUUCAAACAAAUCUUGAACAAUUCUAUGCUUAGAAAAUUAGAGGUUGAACUCACCUGAGAGUUUUCAAGAACUGUCCGGUCCUGCCUGGUGCCCUCGCAGUGCAAGCAGCAAGUACGCCAGCAGCAGUUAGUUGUUCUUGGUUAUUUGUUGGCAGGCUGUUGGGUUCGCCCCGACUACCGCUCUGUUCUAAAGUCAGUUCAGCUGUGUCUGCUCUUCAACAUGGAGACGCGACCUUAGUCUAUUUCCGCCAGGCCUGAUGCGUGGACAGUACUAGAAGAACAUGUUCGGACUGCGGUGUUCCCGACACACGGCUGUCCGUGCGGGAAGCGCGAGAGGCCUGGUCUGGUACGCAAGGCGAGCAGCGUCUUCACACCUCCGCACAUCCAUCUGUGCGCAUCGCUUCCCGUUUGAACCUUUGCAAGGAAUCCCGAGUCCAAGAGCACAGCAUCUAGCCCUAGAUGUACCAAGUCCAUCGAAGAGGUUCACUAGCACAGCGACAGGGAAUGAGAGCGUACCCGAUUCCGUCAGGGAAGCGCUGGCUGCGAUUGAACGCAAAGAAGAGGGAAAGGCUCGGGCAAAGGUCGACCUAAGAUCAUGUUUAUUUGCUGAAUGCAGCGGCGACAGCGAUAGCGGCGAGCAUAUGAGCAAGGUAUUCAGCUCUGGUGCGGAUGCGGUGGCCCUGGACGCCUUCGCUCUGAACGAUAAUGAGGAGCUGGCGGACGUUGUGCUAGCAGCUGCUGAUGCCAUUCAGUCCGGCGCUACACCGGCGUAUCAACUUCACUUCCUGCAGGUAGAUGCGAAUGUCACAGAGGACUCGCCCGUGUUGCCUAAGCCCUCCGAGCGGCAAGAGCGCCUAAAGAAACGACUGCAAUCUUUCUUGUCAGCAAACAAGCCAGUCGACGGCAAGAAGAACGGCGGCCGUGCAUUUGACGGUCUUGUGCUGCGAAAUAUUCAGAAUGCGGCGGACGUGGGAGAGGUGGAGAGAAUGGUGGAGGAAUGCGAUGCCUGGGCAACUGAACACCAAGAACAGCGCCUGACAUUCAUUCUAGUCCUGGAGAGUCCACUGUCAUACUUCGCCAGCCUGCAGAUAGCGGAGUCGAGUGACCGCACUAUUGCCAUAGUUGGUAGCUCCCCGUUGUUUUCCGAGAGUGUGGAGUGCCAGGAUAACAGCCACAACGAAACCAUCAUGGCAAUGAAGGUGUCAUCGACACUGGCUGCACACACAGCGGGUAUUGUAUCGCUCAGUGGAUGGCAGAGUGGCGAUGAAGACCCAGCACGUCUCAGUCGACUCGCAGUCUCGGACAGGAACACUGGGAUAGAUGGAAAGGUGAUCUUGAAUCGACCAGACCUGGUUCCAUUUGUCAACCAUUUGUACACAAUUCCUGAGUUAGAGAUUCAGUUGGCAGAUGAGCUCGUCGCCAUUGACGGUGGCACGACACGGACAGGGAAGCACAAGGAGAAUGCUGCUCUGGUCGGUGAAGACUCUGAAACAGGAGUACGGCAGUUCAAAGGGCCACCACACAAGGCCAUGGCUAAGGCACUGCUAAGGAAGUGGAAACUACAGCAGCCAAAGUUGGAAGAGGCCUCCAGGCUGGUCCUCAAUCAGACGGGUAUGGAGGUGCCCUCGUUCAUACGUGGACGUCUUGUCGAUCGCGUAACGCAUGAACGACUACAGGUUGGCGAUGUCAUACGGUGUCCAUACGAGCUGACUAUAGAUGAGAGCUGGAUCACUAUGUGGCACAUGCUAGUGUACAACCCGCGCACGUCCGAAUUCAGCGCCAAGCACAAGUCCAGGCUGGGAACGCAUCGUCCAGUCUUGCCGUAUGCACUAGCUCAGCUCCUGUGCAUAGGCCUAUCCGUGUCCAAACUGACGGAGAAGGCACGUUUUCACUUGGGUACGUACGACAACAUCAUGGUGAGGCCGCUGGAAGCCGGAGACAUGUUUCGCUCGUUUGUGCGCGUGGACAAGAAGAGCUGGACGGCUGACGGCUACCUGGUCCUGGACACCACGCAUGUCCUGGUCAAUCAAGAUGACAAGCUUCAGUUCAGUUCACGAAAGAAAACAAUGUUUCCAUCUAAUCCGAGCGAGAUCAAUUCUGAAGCUGGCAAAUCUCUGGCACCAACUAAGCUGGUCAAACCUGAGUCAAACGUUCGUCAACAUCUCCUCGCCAGGCCUCUAGCUGAGCUGAUGGCAACCCAAGGUCAACAGCAAGCAAUCUUGGAGCCUGGCCAGGUGUUUGUCCAUCGUCUGGUGCGCUACCUCGACAAAUACGACUGCAUAUACUUCAGCAAUCUGUGUCGCCUCACCAAUGACUUCCACAUCAACUUCUUCAAGUAUGAGACCGAGCAGUUGAUAGUGCCCGGGCCACUGGUCAUGUACUGCGCCAUUGGCAACUCUCUGCCAGACCUCGGUGAGCAAAUCUACCACGAGCUGGACUUGGGCACACACAUCAACAAAUUCAGCCCGGGUGACAGUGUUGGUACGAUUUCGUACAUAGCUGACGUGAAGACUCUGCCUGAGAAUGACGCUCUGGAAGAAGUGACGAUAAAGCAGAUCGGGAUCAAGAACGUGGACAUGGAAAUGCUUGCCAAUGAGUGUCUGCCGAAAGCGCUAUUUGCGCUGGACCUUGUACGUCCGUCUGACUAUGAGAAGAUCUGCCGUGCCCACUGUCCAGUCUUGCAGCGGAGAAUCGUAGUCAUUGUUAUCCGCCGCUUCAUCCGCGUCAAGCCGAGCGCCAUGCAGGCGGCUUACGAUGACAUUCAGAGCAAGGAGAUGCACGCCGUGGUGGAGAACAAGUGGUUUGACUGAUCCUAAAGACCAUGGAAAUUCAGUGCCGAACAGGUGGUUUGACUGAUCAUAAAGACCACGGAAAUUCAGUGCAGCCCUCCACCCUUGCGAGCACAACAAAAGCUGGCUGACACUAUAAAAAAUAUGCCUGGAGUGCAUCACAAUGGCAGCAACGUCAUGGUCACGUGUGUGUUUCUACCUUCAUGUAGAUGAAAUCGUUGAUUGAUAUCAUAGUAUUAAUUUUUGUGUUGAUAGAUACCCUUGAUCGCUUUCUGAAUGUAGUCUACAUGUAAAUCUGGCGUGACUACGUCGCACCACCAUCUACCUCUCUUCAGUUAAAACUGUACAUAAUUAUGGAUAGAGUAGGCGUUUCAUCUGAAUGAAAUCGGAUUCUCAGCCCUGAGCAUGAGGGAAAGCCUCUGACAAAAACUGCGUUUUCUCCACGGGCAAUCUCUAUGUUUUGCCGCAUUCUUUAGAUACCAUUUAUUCGCUUUUUGUUCCACCGGAUUUUCGUUUGUAAUUACAGUCAAACCUCUUUAGGACGAACUUCAAGGGACCGAUGAUAUUUGUUCGCAAUAACGGGAGUUCUUCUCAUUCAUAUGUUUUACCCAGUGAAUACACAGGGUCUUAUCCAAUACAGUUACGAAUACUAGUUCUUCUUAGGCAAACGUUUGUCUUAUCAGUGUUCUUCCUAACCAGGUUUCACUGUACAUGUGUAUGAAUAUUGAUCGGAACGAAAGUA